AUGGAGGAACUGAGGGAGAUGAUGAGGUUACUCCAGCAGCUUCAGGCAGCCGGUGAACAGCAGUUCGCACGGGAAGAGGAAUGGAGACUCCGGAGGCAGGACGGCAGAUUGGCUGGAGGCUCGACGGGCGCUGGCUCUGCCGCUGAGGCAUCAGAGAUCCUGGCGGAGAACCAGAGAUUGGUGCAAGAGCAGAAAGAGGAGCAGCUCUGGUUACAGAGGGAAGAAGAGAGGAAGGCAGAAGCAUUGAGAACGGUUGGAAAGAUGGCGGCACACACUCAGAAGAAUAACAAGCCAAGGAAACCUGGAGGAAAGGAGUCGCAGCUUUUGAUAAUUGCCAAAACUCCGGAGUUCGUCCGGGAGGUGAUGGGUUCCAGCGCCGGUGCAGGCAGCGGGGAGUUCCACGUUUACCGGCACCUCCGACGCAGGAAGAAGCGGGAAAAACUAAAGCACAAAAUGCGGAUGGAAAAGAUAGCCGAGAAGGUCCGUCAGGAGAGAGAGCACGUCAGACCGCAGAACCAGCAGGAGCGCAUGGAGAGGAAGGAAGGGAAGCUUCUUUUCGACUUCACGGCCCCCCCUGAGGAAACCAAGAUUCCUAAGACAUUGUAUUUCCUGGGGAGAGGGGUAAGGAAAUGUAACGGAGGUGAUCUCUGGGCCCAUAGAUCUCGGCCUCCGUUACGGGUAAUAUAGCACUAAAAACAUUGCACAGGAAGCAUGGGAAUAUAAGGAGUUCUUUUCCAAAACGCUAUAAACGCCAAAUUGAAAAAAAUUGAGUUUGUCGUGCCAUUUUGCUGUGUACUGAACCUAUUCACUGCUCUAUCAACGUUUCAUGCCAAAUCGCUAUAUAUCCUUGUUUAACAUGUACGGCAAGAUGCAGUUCCUUUCCAAACCGCGAUAAACGCCGAACCUAUUUUGAGCCUAAACGCGAUAUAUCCUCUCUACCAAUCAGAAUUCGGUGAGCGUUCUAUGCAAUCCAACAUGGCGGCGCCCUGAGUCGAGGUUUGUUUAUGUUCAUUCAGUCUUCGAAAUAUGUCUUUAAACUGUUGUAACACCUUUGAUGGCCUGGAUGAGCCAGUGAGACCUACACCUGGGGGUAGAAAACGUCGACUGGAUAA